GCAUGCCUCUUGUGGUCGUCGCAUGACAUUCGACGAGUGUCUGGUGGAUCUGCCGCCCGAGGCGCUGGCGGCGUUUUACUGCUUUGGUGUUUGAAAGAGAAAGUUUGUGCAAGACAAAGAGAUGAAUUUCCUACCCCAAACCUGGUCGGGAUAUCUGAAGAAGGAGGGAGCGAGGCAGGAGGAUGAGUCCAGCGAGGUGUCCUGGCCGUCUUUGGGCGAGAAGGAGCAGUGCGACGAGGGGGGAAUGGAGUCGUCCUUGAGAGCGAUGAAGUUGGAGGAUUUGGAGCUGGACACGGUGAUCAGGAGUCUGGAGAGGGACCCUGUGCGCGUGGACGUGAAGCUGGAGAGUGACACGGACGAGGAGCGCGAGGGGAGCAGCGGACCCAGCAAGGUCACGGAGGAAAUCCGGACGGAGCGUCGCCAGCGCAGGAGACAGGCGAAGCAGCUCAAGAGGGACGAGAAGAUCCUGGCGGAGCGCCGGGAGUCCAAGUACAAGCAAGUGCAGCUGAUCAGGCAGAGUGACCUUGAGCGGUACAAGGAUUGCAUCAAGGACACGGCGGCCCGCGAUCGGCCGUCGUGGUUCAGCCGAGGCACCAAGGAUGCCACGUUCUCCUUGGAGGCCUUCAUGGCGGAGAAGCCCAAGUUCCUGACCUGCCCCAAAACCACUGUCAGCAUUCCAGGCGAGAUCGUUCGCCACCGCGGCAAGAAGCAGGAGUUCCCCAAGCCAAAGCCCCGCACCAUGGCCAAGCGGCGCAUCCUGGAGAUCCGGCAGGAGCGCGCCAAGGAGGAGGCCAAGCUCAGCACGCAAUAUCCGCACAGCAGACGCUAUCGCGAGUACUGUGAUCACUUCACCGAGGAGGCGCUCUGCAGUCGCGUGGAGUCCAUCCUGCAGGACCUGUUCCGCUUCCAGGACAGGGCGUUCCACCGCAGCGAGAUCAAGGCGCGCGCCAAGCGCCGCUACGUCGUGGGCUUCAAGGAGGCCAAUCGGAUGCUGGACGUGAAGAAGGUGAGGCUGCUGAUCGUGGCGACGGAUCUGGAGCGGAGUCCCGGCGACGGGGGGCUCGACGAGGCGGUGUACGCGCUGCGCAAGCGGGUGCGGGACGCCGAGGUGCCGUACGUGUUUGCACUGACGCGGCGCGCGAUCGGGAACAUCCUGCAGAAGUCGCCGGCCGUGAGCUGCGUGGCGGUGCUGGACUACAGCGGCGCCAAGGAGAAGGUGGACGAGCUGCUGGAGGUGGUGGACCAGAAGCGCGCCAUGUACAACGACCUGUGCGCCGACUGGGGCACCAUUGACUCUCUGAUCUCGCACAACUGAAACUCUGCUGGCCAAAGAACGCGGUGACACACAUCAAUUGGGGGGUGAGUCUGUGUAGAAACCAAUUCCAAAUGGGGGCAAUAAAUGCACGGCCCGCCACGCGCCCCU